CUUUGGGAGGAAUUUUCCUUAUUUUCGUUUGAGAUGGUUUUGGGCGUCGCCAAGGCUGGCGUCGCUUUCUGGUAGGAACAGUAGGAGUGUGAAGCGAGGCUGUGAGCGAGUGUGGCGGCGAUGCAUCGGCCUCUCUGCGACGCUGUUUCGACCUCGACGGACUGCUCGAGAUCGCAGUGAUCUCCGGCGAAAUGAAUUCUUCACGUCAAUUAGGAGCGCCGAUCUACGCCGCUGCGGUAGUGUUUCACACAGCGGGAGCUUACUGGAGCUUGCCUGACUAUCGUGGUUGACUCAUCGAUUGGUGCGCGGAUGCGAUGAAUCCCACGACGAUCGCUCUGUCUGUUCUCGUCCUAGCCGCGGCUUGCUUGGCGGACUCGGAGCGGCGACGGGAUCGGGCGGACUGCUCUUCCAGCGGGUGCGCCGAAAAGAAAAGUGAGCUGUCGGCUGGCGAGCAGGCAUGGCUCUCGGACCGGCGGCAAGAUCAGGCGGACUGCUCCUCCAGCGGGUGCGCCGAAAAGAGAGAUGAGCUGUCGGCUGGCGAGAAGGCAUGGCUCUCAGAGCGGCGACUGGACCAGGCGGACUGCUCUUCCAACGGGUGCGCCGAAGAGAAACGUGAGCUGGCAGAUGGCGAGCAGGGACUGAAUGUGGCAGACAAGGUGCAGAGCACUACACACCGUGUUCCUACAGCGCCUGGGCAAACCCACUCACCGGGGCACGACAGCCACCAGCAGGAUAGCAGCAGCCCGCUUCUCAAGGUCAACUUCUGGCUGACCCUGUUCAUAUCGGCGCUGGUGGCCGCGCUACUUUCGUGACCUAUUGUCACUUGUAAUAUAUGUGUACAGAUGUCAGUAGUAUGUACAAGUAGUAUUGAGCUGUUCAAAUAAAUGACGUCCUACUUAA